UAUUCAUAAAUAAAAACAUAAAACCACCAGAAAUAGUUUACAUGGCCAAAAGGGGCAUCAAAAAUAAAAUAAAACGAAGCUGUCAAAAGCAAAGCAAACAAAACAAGAAGCAACCAAGAGAAAAAGAACUGUACAUAUUCUUCCGAACGCUAGCCCGUCCAAAGGCCGCCGGCUGGGGGUGCCGGCUCUGCCUGCAGACGCAGCACAGACGCUCCACACUGGAGGGCGGGGAGCACCACCUGCACGGGGGUGGGUGGGGGAGAUGGCUCCAGCUCAGGAGAACUCGGGGCGCAGGGAACGCCCCUCCUGAAGCUGCUGCUCCACCAGCCCAGCCUGCCUCCCCUCCGGGCAGCCUGGCUAGGUCGGGACCAGGCCGGGGCAGGGGCAGAGGCUCAGCAGGUGCCUCUCAGGGAGAGAUGGCCCCCAGUCCCCACAGAGCUCAGUGUCCACAUGGGCGGAGUGUGCCCUGCAGUGUGCCCUGGUCAUCCCAAGUCCCCGAGGCAGAACCCCCUCCUUGCAGAGGGGGUGCGGGCUGCUGCGCUGUCUGCAGACAGCUGGAGCUUUUUCAGGCCAGGCAAUCUUGGGGGCGCGAGCAAGCCAGCCAGCAGGAGUGCUCAGAGGCAAGGGCCCUGGGCCAGGCUGCCUGCUCUGAGGCCCAGUCGUCCGACCUUCCCAGUCCCUGCCAGCCUCUGCUGUCCAGAGCCCCGUCUGGAGAGGCUGGGUCUGGCGGGCACGGUCCAGGAGGAGGAAGGUCUGGAGAGGCUGGGUCUGGCGGGCACGGUCCAGGAAGAGUAAGCACAGUUUCCACAGGGAGGGGAAGAAAGCCACGCGGUGGUGAGGUUGCUAUGUUACAAGUCACUGAUGCACCCUGGUGCCAUCCUGGGGCCGGGGGCUGGUGGCAGCCCAGGGAGGGAUCCAAGGGUUGGCUGAGGGCAGAGCUGUGGGGUGCAGGGCACGGUCAUACCCUGGUUAGCACCCACCUCUUCUCAGGUGAGGGACUGCUCUUUGGGAGGGGUGUCGGGGUGUCUCCGGCCUGGGGAGGGGCCAGCAGCCCCUUUCUCUGGCCUGUGGGGCAGUCUCACUGGGAGGAAGGACUCAAGGCCCGGCUGGUGGAAAUGGAGGGAUGACGGCACAACACAGGGCAUGGGGCACCUUUGACUGGGUUCUGCACAAGGCCCAGUGGCCGGUAGGGCCCUGCAGGCAGGGAGGGGGCUCUUGGCCUGUGGAUUCCAGGUUUAAAUCUGGCUCAUGACUAAGAGCCAUGGCUUCCAAUUCCAGAAACGCUCCUCCGUCGUGUGAAGGCAGCAGGACAGGCACAGCGUAACCGGACUCGGGGAAGGAAUGUGGUGGGUCCUGGAGGGACCGGGGCAGGAAGAGGAGCAGCUUCAUUCCCACCAGGAGUCUGUAGCCGAAGGUCAGAGGUCGGGAGACAGAGGGGGACUGGUGUG